GGGGGGGAACGAAGACCAGGCAUCAGUAGUUGACAUGAGUUUGUAGAAGCAGGAGAUCAGCGGAGGAGCAGCAGACACUACGGAAGCAAGCAAUCAGGUAACUAAGUUAGCGCAAGGGCUCCUCUCGACGUGUCCGCCAGCAUUGUCGGGGGUAGGUCGGCCAUGGUGGCCGGGCAUACAGUGGAAUCUGCCGCUGGAGGGAGAAGAGGAAGGGAGGAGGUUCCUUUUGCAGCAGCCGAUGUCUGCGGGCAAAGGAUGAUGACGAGUCAGGGAUGGAGGGGGGAUGGGAGGGGCGAGGGGGAGGGGCGGGAGGAGGGGGGGCGGGAGUUGUUGCAGAUUCGUCCUGCUGUGCUGCUACACGUGGUGAUUGCCUUGCUGCUGAUGGCGGCGGCGCAGGGGGUGUCCGCGGCCGAGGCCGAGAGACUUCAAUCUGUUGCAAAUGGGAGAGAUCGGGACCGCGAGACGGUAAUCCCGACCGCGACGUGGGGACGGAAGGGAGUGGUGGUUGACGGAGAUGAACUGUGGAAGAAGAGCGGAAGGGGGAUGAAUCAGGACCUGUGGUGGAGGAGCUUGAGCGGGGGCCGUGGCGGCGGCGGCGAAGGGGGUGAAGCUGCUGCUGCUGCUGCCGUGAAGACACGUGGCGUGGAUAGAGAGGUCCACGUGGAGGAGAAUGAGAAUGACGUGUUUCUCCGAGGUCUGAGGGUGAUUCGAUCGGACGAUGGAGGGGAGCGGAGGCGGAGGAGGAGGAGGAGGAAGUUGCGCAUCUCGGAAGUCGGGAUCCGGGCGCUUCAAGUGACACCCGAUCCCGCUCAGCAGGCGGCUCAGCAAGCACGCACGGCGCCGAUUGGUCAGCAAAUCGUGACGCCCGAUGGACACGGUGGGACGGUCGUCGCCGUCAGAUUGAAUGCGGGCGAUUUCGCGAAGACCGGUUACACCUUCAACGAGUACCAAAUUCCCUCGGGGACGACGAUCUCAGGCUCGCCCGGUGAAGUCGUCCUCGUUUAUCACAAAUCAGUAAGUGCGGGCGGUUCGACGACGUCGGUGACAGUGACGGCGUAUGCUGCGAGUAACACCCAGGCGGGGCAGCCAGGGACUCAGGUCCAGGUCGCGGCACCGUCGACCAGUCCAAUCAUCGUGAGAGUCCAGACAAGCGAUCCCAGCCAGGUGCUGACUUGUCCCGGGGGAGGGCAGCCGCUUCCCGGGGGAGGAGGGUGCCAAGUGGAGAACCUAGACGGGCAGUCUUCCGUUCCGUCCUCCGUUGCCUCUCCAUCUACUGCAUCGCCCUCGAAGCAGCUACCAAGUGUCGCCUCGUCUCCUUCUUCUGGGAUUAACGCUCCUGGAAUCAGCCAACAAUCGACGAGUGACGAAGGCAAACCGUGGAGGGUAAUUGUGGGUGCUACUGUGGGUAGUGUUUUUGGCGCGAUCGUUCUCGUUGGAGCAAUACUUGCUGCAACGAGAUUACAGCGGGAGUCGAAGAUAGGCAAGAUGAAUCAAGCGACGGAGAAGGGAGAGACACUGCAGACGGCGUUAGUAGGUGCGUCCAGGGCGCCGGCGGCGCCGAACGUGCGAACGAAAGCGCACCUCGAGACUGAAGACUUUUGAUUUGGAACGGCAACAGAAGAGGGGGCUGUGAGGAAGACAAGGCACAAGCUGCUGUGGUUGUUCGAGAGAAGAGGAGCAGCGAGGCGUACUGCUUGCUGUGGCUGGUCGGUUCGUGGGUACAUCGAUCACGCAAACUUCUUCUUUCGAUCUAACGACCACUCUACCCAUUUUUAGAUCUAUGUGUCUAUCAAUCUAUCUAUCUAUCUAUCUAUCUAUCUAUAUCUAUCCAUCUACCUAUCUAUCUAUCUAUCUAUCUACCUAUCUAUCUGUUUCUCUCUCUCUCUCUCUAUCUGUCUAUCUGUAUAUCUGUCUCUCUCUCUCUCUCUCUAUCUAUCUAUCUAUCUAUCAGCGUCUGUGUACCGAAGUUACCCAAGAAGGUGGGGACAUGUUUCCCCGGCUAUAUGGAAGCUAUGUGACCGAUCGGAUGCUCUUCUUUCUAUUGUUUUAUCAACAAAGACGUGUAUUGCGCGCGCGACUAUUGUUUCCUCCUGCCCCCUGCCCCUUCCCCCUCCUCGCCCUCCCCUACGACCCCCUUCCCUAUACACAGGAAUUUUAGAGAGAGAGAGAGAGAGAGAGAGAGAGAGAGAGAGAGAGAGAGAGAGAGAGAGAGAGANAGAGAGAGAGAGAGAGAGAGAGAGAGAGAGAGAGAGAGAGAGAGAGAGAGAGAGAGUCGCCCGCCCAGUGUCUAUAUUAUUACAAUGCAAGGGGGAAGGUAGAGGCAAAAAGAAAGGGGGGCGGGAGGGGGAGAUAAUAAAGGGUCUGUCCGUCUACACUGUGGCAGACAGAGUAAGUCCUCAGCCCACUGGCUGUUGUUGAUCCAGUGGAGAGCGAGGGAGUGUGUGAGGAGGGUGAGAGAGCGAGGGAGACAUAGAGAGAUGGAGAGAGAGGGAGAGAGAGAGAGGGAGAGCGGGAGAGAGAGGGAGAGCGAGAGCAUGGAGAAAGGGGGUUUGGUAGAGAAUGGGGGGACGGACUCGGUAGCCUGAGGCGGCUGGCUGAAUCCACGCUAGGGAGGACGAUUUUACUUGGUUUUUUGUCCUUUUUUUGUCAAAUAUACCUGUAGGGGUAAAUUUGUAAUUGCCAAGAGAUCGAUAGUGGCAGACUGGCAGUUAGCAAUUAUCGGUCCUCGAGACAUGGAGAUGGUUUUCUCUGCUUUUUUUUUUUUUUUUUUAAUUCUUUUUUUUGCUCUUUUUUUUUUUGUGUUAUCGACAUUUUAUCUUGUUUUAAUCCUGAUUUUUACGCGGAUGUAUCUAGUCGCUGUUCGUUGUAUAGGGGGUAGCAAAAAGAAUGCAGCGAGAUGUAUUAGGCGCUCUGGAACGUGCUUUUUUCUCUUCCAAGUUCUCUCCUUUUUCUUUCCCCUCUUCUGUUUUGUGGUCAUUUAGCAAUUCUGGGAAGUACAAUUAUUUUAACUAGCCUGGUGCAUAAGGAUUUCACCCUGGUUAAUUAUUUCCAGAUUGAAACGGUCCAAUCAUCAUGUCCAUCAAUGUGAAUUUUUUAACGAUAACAUUAAGAGGGUUAAGGUGAACGUC